CUGGGUUUUACUGGUGAUGACCUCACUGCUGUUCCCUGGCAACGCCCACGCUGCGAUGAAGGACCUCUCCUCCUCCUCCUCUCCUCUCAGCUCCCUGCUCCACUACCCUUCGUCCAAAACCUCCGUCACGCCGUUCUCCCCGUCCGUCGGUGCCGCCUCCUCACCCGGGUCAUCGCUGUCGUCGGCACCGCUCUCCAAACCUCAGCCCUUCUGCCUCCAGACGGGGCCGCACCUCAUCGCCAGCAUGCAGCUGCAGAAGCUCAACUCGCACUACCAGAACCUCGCAGGCGCCUCUGCCGGACACCAGGCGCCUGGCGGUGCGCAAAGGGGCUUCGGUGCCUCGCCUCUGGGUGCCGGAAACCAGCUUCUGGGGCCUUCUGGUGGCCUCGGUGGAGGCGGUAUGAGCGUUGGCAUCAGCAUGGGGAACCAAAGCUCCGGUGCAGGUGGAAUUAUCGACUUUGACCCCGUGGACGAGGAGGUUCUCAUGUCGCUUGGGUGGGAGCUCGGUUUUACCCGAGCCAACGAGCUGCCCGAGCUGUGGUUGGGUCAGAACGAGUUCGACUUCAUGUCAGAUGUACGCGGCCCGGGUGCUGACCCUCAAAAUAAAAACAGAAAAAACUAUCGAACUGCAAGCAGAAUUGAUUGACAAAGAGAGAUUUUCUGGUUUCCUCCCUUUCUUGGUUGAUAAAAUGAGGGAAACAGAAGAGACACUGAUGG